AUGGCACAGUUCAGAGAUAUCGACCUGGACUCCCUGUCCUUCAUCAUCAACCAUGUUUUUCUCCCACCACAGCUCCCACAGAGAGCCGAGACCGACGUCGGAGAGGGCAAUUCUGUGCUAUUGAAAGUUGUGCGGGACAUCGCCAAAUCCUAUCACGAGAGAAGGGGUUACGACAUGGAUGAGCAGUGGAUGUCAGCCGUCAAGAUGCUCACGAACCUUUGUCAGCUCGAGAAUAACAACUUGUUUGGGGAAAUGGCCAGUGCUAAGCGAUAA